AUGAAGCUGACCUGGGCUGGAUUGUGGGCGUUGGCUGGAACGGCGCUGUGCUGCUCUCAUCAUGACGAAGAGUCUGUUCCUCAAGAGGUGCGAGAGGAGCUACUGAAGAAAUGGAAUCAAGAGUGGUCUUUCUCCGGACAUGCCAGCUUUGCGCACUUGAAGCCCGUCAAAUGUCUGGUCGAGCCGGAUGAGAAGUACGACAUUGCCAUCAUCGGUGCGCCUUUCGACACCGCGGUCAGCUACCGCCCAGCAGGAGCUCGCUUUGGUCCGCGCGCAAUCCGCGCCGCCAGCGCCCGCCAAAUGGCUGGGACAUCCUACAACACCCGCGCAGGGAUAAACCCAUACAGCUCAUGGGCGACGAUCAAAGACUGCGGCGACAUCCCCAUUACCCCAUUCGACAACGGGCUCGCUGAGCGCCAAAUGUACGAGGCCUUUCUGGAACUCGGCACCCGCAGCCCCGUCACGCCCGCCUCAUCUGAGUAUGGCAGCAAGGGCAUCUCCGCGGGCAAGAGCAAGCUCGUCACGCUGGGAGGCGACCAUAGCGUUGCGCUCCCUGCCCUUCGAGCGUUGUAUCAGAUUUAUCAGAAGCCUAUUACUGUCCUGCACUUCGACGCGCACCUGGACACCUGGAACCCAGUGCGAUACUCGGCGUACUGGCAGUCGGAGCAGUCGGCAUUCAACCAUGGCAGCUUUUUCCACAAGGCGAGUCGUGAGGGGCUAAUUUGCAACUCGACCUCUGCACAUGCGGGUCUGCGGACAAGACUUACCGGUAUCGAUGACAGCGAUUACACGGCCCCCGGAACGCCGGAGCAAGGGUUCAUGCGUAUUCACGCUGACGAUAUCGAUGAGCUUGGUGGACCCAUGGGUGUCGUCAACAAAAUUAUGGAGCGUAUUGGCCUCGAUUUGGACCAGCCUGUUUAUCUCUCUGUGGACAUUGACGUACUUGACCCUUCUACUGCGCCAGGCACUGGGACACCCGAGCCCGGUGGCUGGACAACCCGUGAGUUCAUCCGCAUUCUGCGGGGGAUUGAGAAGUUGAACAUAGUUGGCGCGGAUAUCGUCGAAGUAUCUCCAAGCUAUGAUAACAAGGGUGAGACGACUGCCCUCGCCGCUGCGCAGGUGGCGUAUGAGAUCAUCACUAGCAUGGUCAAGAACGGUGCGGGUAAGGACUUGGGUGGGUGGUAUGGACGUAAGGAAAGCGUUACCCAGGAGUCUGUUCCAGUGGUUGAUGCUGAAGCUGAAGUUGAAGCCGAAGUGCCGGAGCCUGAGUCCGUGCUCAAGGACGAACUUUAAAUGAGAUAUGAAACAUGUAGAUGAGAUAAUGAAACAGUCACAUUGUACAUACCUGAA